UGGAUUCAAUAAGUACUAUUCGAUCGCUCGUCGGAAGCAGACCAGAAACCCGCUUAAUCUUAUAACCGUAGCACUGUGAAAUUGUAGAGUUGCCAAAAAAUGUACACCAAACUGUGUGUCUUCCUUUUGGCCGUCGGCAUCACCCAGGCCGUCGCCGUUCCACAUCGUGCCUUGCAGUUUGCCUAUCCACAGACAAACUUUAUUCAAUAUCUGCAAUCCCGCGACUUGACGAGCGAUCCAUCCCACAAGCUUGAAUGUUUAAACUACUACAUGGAACAGAUUAGUCAAGUGGCUGACCAGUUCAGCGAAAAUUAUAAUGCCUGCGUCAAGGAGGCUGAACUUGAGAAACAGUCGAUUGACGACAAAACUAGUGAGGACCGCACCAGGAUCAAUCAAUCUGCCACCGACUCUUGCGAGUUGCUACAGAGCUGUAGUACCAUCGAAACUUCCAUCGAUUUCUUCUCAUGCUACUCCGAAGCUGGUUCCGAAAAUGCAAAAAAUAUGUACACGAUCUCGGCCAAUGCUUCCGAGCUGCAAGCUUACGUUGUGGAACAGGUCCGCCUGAUCGAAGUGAACGAGUACGUCUGCACUAACAAGUCUGAGCGCACCUACGUCCAAGACACGGCAGCUGUUUAUGAGCAAAUGAACCUUUGCUUUGAAGGUGGCCCUCUUCCAUCAGAAACAACUGCUGCUCCUGCUGAGUCCACUGCGGCACCUCCUGAGACUACUGCUGCACCUGCCGAAUCCACUGCAGCUCCUGCCGAGUCCACUGCUGCUCCUGCGGAAUCCACUGCUGCACCUGCUGAGUCCACUGCUGCUCCCGCGGAAUCCACUGCUGCUCCAGCUGAGUCCACUGCUGCUCCCGCGGAAUCCACUGCUGCUCCCGCGGAAUCCACUGCUGCUCCAGCUGAGUCCACUGCUGCUCCAGCUGAGUCCACGGCUGCACCUGCCGAGUCCACUGCUGCUCCUGCCGAGUCUACUGCCGCUCCUGCCGAGUCCACUGCCGCUCCAGCGGAAUCCACUGCUGCUCCAGCAGAAUCUACUGCCGCUCCAGCGGAAUCCACGGCCGCUCCAGCAGAAUCGACUGCCGCUCCAGCAGAGCCCACCGAUGCCCCUGCAGACAAGGAAAAAGCCCCCGAAGAGGACUUGAGCGAAUUCUCCAGCUCCCAGGAGAGUCAAAACCUUCAGAAUAUUAUUCAGAACCUGCAGAAAUGGCUCAAGAAUCGAGUUUAAGCUUUAAAACUAAGAAAACCAAAGAUCAUAUCUACACUAUUUAUCAACUAAACGAAACGAUAUGCAAUUGUGUUUUUGUUUACGAAAAAAAAAAAUGAAUAUAUUAGCCCCUCAAUAAAAAGAAAAUAUUUUAAAACCGAAAAA